CCCACCAUCCCUCCUCUUCCCCUUUACGCUUCGUCCUCUCUCACUCUCUUCUUCCUGUUGCCUUCUACGUUUCUGUGCGUUUUUAGAACUUAUUCUAUUUUCUCUCUCCCGUCUAUCGCCCCAUUCCUUGCCCCUCCCCUGGCUUUUAUAAUAUUUCGCGGGAAUCUCUUUAAAUUCCGUAUACCACCUCUAAAAAAAAAUAAGCUGUCUUAACUUUUGAUUUCUUUGGUUUAUCGGAAAUGAUGAUGUCAAGGCAAUACCCCCUCUGAAAUGCCAUCCAGUGCGUCUCUGGACGCCUGAAGCAGCACAUAGAUUUGUUGAUCUACAGUCUGCUUUCAACGUCUAGCUCCACAGGGAACUGUCACAGAUGUCGCAAGAGGGACUAUCUCAUUGAAUUCACUCCUGGAGAAUAGUCAUGAUGGUGUCAGGGACCGUGUGGAUUCUCUUCUGCCUCUUUCUACUGGGGGAGAGAACAGGACUUGACUGUGGGGAACUGCAGUGCUCUCUGUCUCCAGCGGGGGAGCUUCACCCCGUGCAGGGGCUGUUGGAGCGCUUUGAGGCCGGCCCGGGCUGUGCAGCCAGAGAGAGUGGGGAGAAAGAGACCCAUGUGAUCGCUGUGGGGAGAGGGACACGCAGCCCUGACAAACAGGUGACUGUGCUCCUGAGACCCCUGUCUCUGUCUCAUCCUCCCCGUCAAACCCUCAUCCUGGUACUGAGCUCCAAGCAACCAGUGCGCUGGUGGCUGGAGGCUGAGAGGCUACCCCCGGAUCUGCCUGUGCUGGUGCAGGUCUCUCCUAACUCUACAGUGCAGCCCUACAGUCUGGCAGUGCAGGUGCAGCCUGUGCCCUCUCUGCCUUUCCGUCCGCGGGCUUUGCUGCGCUGGGCAAUACAUCGCCAUGGCUCCUUGUCCUCCCUCACACACACAGCCAGUGCCAACCGCGUCUACGUCCGUGUGGGCGAGGAUACCACCAUGCCCAGCGUGUGCCAGCUGCAGUCUCUGUUCCUGUCACACAACUACCUGACCUCUGACCUGCAGCCACAGGAAGUACAGGGCUGUUCUCCAGUUGGCGGAGGCAACCCAGAAGUGCAUGUCAUCAAGCUCCGUUCAGCAGGGUCAGGGCUUUGUGGCUCUUUGCAGGUGGAGGUGACUAUUUCUCUGGUGCCCCCAGUGGCCAAUGCUGGGUGGCACAAGGUGGUGCUGAUCCUCAGUAGUGCCGUUCCAGUCAACUGGGCUCUCACAGUCCCAGGGCUCCGGGGACACAUCUCUGUCUAUUCCUCCAACAGCGUGUCCCCACUCUACCCUCCAGAGCCUGACCUGACACUGACUAGCUUGCUCACCUCUGACCUCUCUACCACCCAUGACCUUUUGAGCUGGGCCAAUCAGAGUGGCUUUCCCAAAGUGGCCUCAUACACUGAGGCUGACCUGGCCAAUCACUUUGUGAUCAGACUGGCUGGGGGAGGGACAGAAGGUGGCCCCCCUGUGCGUAUGCUGGAUGGCAGGCCCUCUUGGGGCCAGGAGCGCAGGCUGAGACAAUGGCUGAGUGAGGGAGGUGGAAGGACCAGUGGGGGCUGGGAGGCCGUCAGUGUGCAGUGUCAGGACGGACGACUCAACGUGGCCGUGGACAGACACAUUCUGCAGACCCUGUCUCUCCCGGUGUCGGAGGUGACACUGCGGGAUCCUCAGUGCCUGGCCCAGUACAACAGCAGCCAUUUCUUGUUGGCAUUCCCGGUCAUUUCCUGUGGGACUGAAGGGCUGCUGCAGGGAGAGCCCAGAGGGGUGCAGUACAAAAACGCGGUGUUGCUGUGGAGAAACAAGCCUCUGGUUGCCGUGGGCAAUGAGACAGACAAGGAGCCCACAGAGUGGACUCCACUGGUCAUACAUUUCAGCUGUUUUGCUGCAGUCCCCAGUGUCCCAAGCUUUCCUGUGGAGCAGCCCACUCUGCAGGGGCCGGGGCCUCUCCCAAGGUCCAGGACCGGCCCACUGGUCUCAUUGCAGCUGUUUGUUACAGAGGGCUAUGAGCAGAGGCAGACCGGUCCUUGUGCCAUCACUGCUGACAACCGUGUCUAUGUGGAGCUUUCCGCCAAGGGGGCCCUCGGUGGGGGUGUGGAGGUGCGGGCCUGCAUGGUGUCUCCCCUAUCAGACCCCCGUGUGUCCCCUGGCUGGUCAGUCAUUAGAGACGGCUGCUCCGCUGACUCCUCACUGACACUCAGCAACAUGACACAUGGCCAAGAGGAUGAGAAGGAAGAGGAGGAUGAUGAGGAAUAUUAUGAAGAGGAAGAGGAGGUACCUAGUGGCCUGUCGUUCAGGCAUCCAGGAAGGGCUUGGAGGAACAAAGCAGGAUUGAGAAAAAGAGAACACGGUGGGAAGAGGGGGCGAGGAGGACGAGCCAAAAGGAAGGAGAGCGAUGGAGGAGAGGAGGACCAGAUACACAGACUGAGGUUCAGUUUUGUCCUUCGGCCCAUCUACAACAACUCUGUCCAGUUCCUGCACUGUCGCAUCCGUCUGUGUGGCCCUGAAUCAGUGACCCAGGGGCCUCCAACGGCCAUAAUACAGAGUGGCUGUCCAAAUCCCUGGGGCCUCCGUAUCCCUGCCCUCGUAUCUAGACUAUCCAGCCAACAGUGUGAGUACAGAAACUUCUCCAGACCCAUGCUGGUCUAUCAGCCUGUUGGUGUGGCCAGACAGCUGGCGCCACCUGCUGGUCAGAGAGGUCAAAUGCCCAAUGUGUCUCAGCUGCCCAAGCCUAUCCCAGCCCACAGCAGCUCUGGGGUAGACACAGGCUCAGUGUUGGGGAUUGUGUUUGUUGCUUUCCUUAUGGGCAUCAGCCUGAUGGGGGCGCUGUGGUGCAUCUACUCUCACACAGGAGCUCCUCCACCAACCAGAAGAGGGGGCCUGAUCGAGAAUACUAACCCUGCCUUAUUAGACUCUUCCAACAGCUCUGUGUAGAGGUGAGAUGGAACGUGAGCAACACACACAGCAGCUGGGGGACCACAAAGUAAAGAGAAUGUCAAAUUUAGACUAGUAUUCUAUAGACGUAUCAUGGUGGCACUAGCGCCCUUUGUGAAUUAGUCAAGCACCUGCAGAUUGCAAUAGUGAUAUCACUCUCAUUUUCAGUGUUUCCUCUGGUAAAUCUGAGACCGAGGGUAAAGUGGGACAGAAGAUGAAACACCUGCUGUGUGUGAGUGUGUCAGACCUGGGUUCAAAUACAUGCAUAUUUAAGUAUUUGCUAUUUAAAUGCUUAUUUUCUGUGUAUUUUUGUAUUUUCAAAUAAUGCAGUAUUUUAAUAUUUGUAUUUGAAAAUACACUUGUCUGUGUAGUUGAGCAUUUCCAAAUUCAUUCCAAUAUUUAAGUGCUGAAAAUAUCCAGAUACUUACUUUGAAAUGUCUUUGAAAGUAAUUGAAAUACCCUAAAUAGUUUUUGAACCCAGGUCUUGUGUGUGUGUAAACACAUACACUGAGUAUACAAAACAUUGAGAACACCUGCUCUUUCCAUGACAUAGACUAACCAGGUGAAUCCAGGUAAAAGCUAAGAUCCCUUAUUGAUGUCACUUGUUAAAUCCACUUCAAUCAGUGUAGAUGAAGGGGAGGAGACAGGUUAAAUAAUACUUUUUUACCCAUGAGAAAAUUGAAAUAUGGAUUGUGUACCAUUCAGAGGGUGAAUGGGAAAGAGUAAAUAUUUAAGUGCCUUUGAACGGGGUAUGAUAGUAGGUGCCAGUUUGUGUCAAGAAUUGCAACGCGCAGCAGUUUCCUGUGUGUAUCAAGAAUGGUCCACUACCUAAAGGACACAACUGUAGGAAGCAUUGGAGUCAACAUGGGCCAGCAUCCCUGUGGAAUGCUUUCGAUACCUGGUACAGUCCAUGCCCCAACUAAUUGAGGCUGUUCUGAGGGCAAAGGGGGGGGGGGGGGAAAUGUCUACAGGUACAUGGCCUCAGCAACUCCUCAAAGUGUUGGACGAAAUACUAGUCAGUGCAUUUGAUCCAUUACACUGUAUCUACAAUGUCAUAACCUGUGCUCAUAGAAUGGAAUGGUGUGAUUACUGGCUAUAGGAUGAGCAUGAAUCUGAACCUAGCCUAGCCUAAUGUUACAACAGAAACAAGCACUACAGAGUUUAAAGAGGAGGAACACAUGAAGUCAAAUAUAUGUCAUGAGUAGAAUGUGUGAGGGGAAUUGCCAUUAUACAGAUCCUUAUUGUAUAUAUCUAUGUGUAAUUGUGACUCUUUGUUUGAUAUUAUCUGUGCUGUUGCUAUUUAAAUUAAAUAUCUGUGACUGAG